UGCAGUAUCCGCAUCCUCAGGCCAGUGCGUUAGUUGCAGCAGCGCGGCCCAGCAGCCAACAUGAGUCUGGACAUGGGCAACUCGUACGCGACGCCCGUCGACUGCACCAACGCGCCCAUCUACUACAACAGGUACUACCCUUCGCCGCAGCACGAGUACUACGGCGGCGGCGUGUGGGGCGGCGACUGUUCGCCGGCCAGCUCGGGCCGCUCGGUGUCGCCGUGCGACGAGUACCAGCCUCCACUGGUUUCUUCUGCAUCGGCCGCCAACGAGUUCCCCGUGCACCUGCACCUGGCUCAGGGCCAGAUGCAAGGCCAGGGUCAGGGCCCUUUGGGGGUGGGGGUGCCGCCGGUGCGGCAGGUGAAGCGGCGCUCGACGGCCAACAAGAAGGAGCGGCGGCGCACGCAGAGCAUCAACACGGCGUUCGCCUCGCUCAGGGAGCACAUCCCCGGCAUCCCUGGCGACACGAAGCUGUCCAAGAUCAAGACCCUUAAGCACGCCAUCGCCUACAUCAACCACCUGAUGGAGAUGCUGGCUGGCGACAAGAUCUCCAUCGACACGGCACGCAGCGCCUUCAGGGCCGACCUGCAGCAGGUGGUGGCCCGCCGAUCCGCCGCCAGGCACCACCUCCACUCCCUCCACCCCCACGACCUCGCCUCGGACGACUUCUCCGCCGGAUGUCCUCAGAUGGAGAAUUUGGAGCUAGUGGAGAUGAGUAGGAAGAACAAGGGCCGGACUGGCUGGCCGCAACACGUGUGGGUGCACAACGAGCUCAAACAAUGAACACGACAUGGGCCAAAAAUGUGCUACAACGCGAGCUGCACGUACUUAAAAUUCCGUUUUUGAGUUGCGAUCAACACAAAAAGGAAAGAAGAACGCAAUAUGAGUCACUGACGACCGAACGAGAACCAAAGAUUUGUAAAUUUAUUUAAACACUUAAGUCUAGCAAAUAUAUAAUUAUAAAGUUGAAAA